AUGGGUGCGUCGCAGUCGACUUUGCGUGCUCUGCAGCGUGCGCGGCCCGUCGUGGUCGCAGCCCCAGUGGUCUGGGCUAUUCCGCGCCAGUACUGGCAUUGUGAGACCCCAGCACCUGCACCAGUGCAGGCAGCUCCGAAGCCUCCAGAGAUUCUACGUGUGCCACCUGCAAAGGUGCCACAGCGAGUGCUUUGCCCGGCACCAGCUUUCAAAGAGCGUAAGAUCUCAGACGGCGCCGUGUGCAACAUUGUUCUUCUUGGCUUAACUGGUGCAGGGAAGUCAACUCUGGCAAACCAGAUUGCAACAACCCGGGCUUUCAAGUCUGCUGCUUCCAUGUCCAGUGUGACAGAGAAGGUUAUAGCGGCUCUUCAGCAGUUUGCAAAUGUCGCGGAGGAGGGCUUGGUCGCAGUGAUUGUUGUCGUAAAGUACGGGCGCUUCACCGACGAGAACCAAGCAGUCAUUAAGUACAUCGAGACUGUGCUUGGACAUGAGGCGUUGGUCAAGCAUGGUAUGCUUGUGGUUACCAGCACACGCAAGAGCACUGACGAGCUUCAAAAGGAGCUGGCAGCUCUGCUCGACAGCAACUUGGGCCGGGACAUGGCACGCAAAGUUGGCAGCCGCCUGCUGGGUGUUGACAAGUCAUUCUUUCGGUGGCCACCGUUCAAGACGAAGAACGACAUCAUGCACCAGGUGGAAGAGCUUCUAGCCACGAACAAGAACAUGGGAGUUGAUUGCGAUGUGAUGAGCUGGGGAGCGCGACUUCAGCAGCAGCAACUCAUGGAAUUUGAGCAGCAAACUGCAUCACAGCGAAAGCAGCAUGCCGAAAAGGAACAAAUGUUGAAUGAAUGUCAUGCGAAUGACAGGGAGAACAUCAUGAAAGAGAAACGUGCCAUCGAAGAGCUGUUGCAAGAGACGCAAGACAAGCAUGAUGAGACGUUGAAGCAGAUGGCACGUCGGCUCCAGUUGGAGGAAAAUACUUCAUUGACUUUGAAGAGCAGGCUCGAAGACAAGCAAAGGCAAGUGAGCGACUUGGAGGCGAAGAUCACAGAGGCCAUGCACGUGAUGCCCGGGGGAGGUCUUCUGCACAGGGAGGGUGACGCUGCAACCGCCCUAGCAGGUGUUGUGGUUGGUGCGGCUGCCACGGCGAUGGCAGGAGCGUGCGUCGUGCAAUGA